AUGUCAGAUGAUCACGCAUUCUCAGACUUACAAGAUCUUUCAUCGUCUACAUCUGCCAGAGGUGAAGAUGAACCACAAUCUCAAAACCCAAUAUUCGAUUACGCAAGAGCUCUAGUAUUUCAACAACAACCACCACCUUCCACCCACAACCACCUACACACUGACUCCCAUUCCGACUCAGACUCUUCCAAUAAUAACCCAGAUACACACGAUAUAUCCCAACUCAUCCAAACCCAAAGCACAAAACUAUCCCUCUCCCAAAAACGAGACGAAUUAAUAACCCAAAGAAGUCAACUAAGUAAUGAAAUUGAUGAAUUACGAUCAAAACUACGAACAUUACGACAACAACAAAUUUAUAAAACCCGUCAAGCCCAAUUAAAAACCUUACUUGAUCAAAAUAAUCAAGAAAAUAUCACGUCUUUAGGAAUAAUCAAACAACGUGGAGAUAAUGAUGAUAAAGUCUGGAAAAAAUUCAAUGUUUCCCCAUCAUUGGAUUGGAAUCAGAGAUUGGAAUAUGUGAAGAUGUUUAUACCAUAUUUGGAACUUGAACAAUUAUAUACGAUGAAUUAUUAUGAUCGAGAAGAUAGAUUGAUUAGAAGUAUUGAAUUUGUGGUGGUGCUGCCAUUGUUGUUUAAGAUUGGGAUUAGGAUAUUGAUUAAAUGUGAAGAUAAUUCAUUGAUGAAGAUUGAGAUUAAAGAAGGUGAAUUGGUCGGGGUUGCUUUGGUGGCUCCGGAUUUUCAUCGGGUGUUGAUGAGGAAUUAUAUACCGGGAAGGAAAAUUGAUUGUAUUAUGUUUGGAUUUAAUUCGGUUUCGAAUUUAUUACAGAGGAGGAUAUCGAUAAUGUAUAAAUUGAUUAGAAUGUUUAGGAGGUUUAUUCAAGAUGAAAGAUUCGAGGAAUUGUUACGAGAUGAAGAAAUGUCAGAUCAGAUAAGAUUGUUUUCGAUAUUGAAAUCGAUUGAGAGAUUAGAAUUGGUGAUACAAGGGUAUAAAUUUAUUCUUGUUUGGAAGGUUAUAUUUCAAGAUAUUAUAACUGCAAUUAGUGAAUCUCAAAUACGAUUAUUUGUAACCGAUAUGAAUAAUAAUCAAUGUGAUCAACUCAAUUAUAUAAAUGAAAUGUUCAAUAAUCUAAUUGUUCAAUAUGGAGUUAUAAAUUCCCUACAAACUAUUCUUAAAAAUGUGUUUCCUACAACUGUUAUAUAA